AUGGUGAGAAGACCAGCACGAUGCUACCACUAUUGCAAAAACAAACCGUUUCCCAAGUCCCGGUUCAACCGAGGUGUCCCUGAUCACAAGAUCCGCUUUUUCGAUACGGGACGAAAGAAGGCUACCGUAGAUGAUUUCCCUUGCUGCAUACAUUUAGUGUCCAGUGAAUACGAACAGCUGAGUUCCGAAGCGUUGGAAGCGGCGCUUAUCUGCGCCAACAAGUACCUCGUAAAGACUGCAGGUAAGGAAUCCUUCCACCUUCGAAUUCGCGUCCACCCGUACCACACUACUCGGAUCAACAAAAUGCUCAGUGUCGCCGGCGCCGAUCGACUACAAACUGGUAUGCGAGGCACCUGGGGUAAACCGGUUGGUAAAGUUGCUCGAGUGAAUGUGGAUCAGAUCCUAGUCUCCGUCCGGACAACAGAUCGCCAUCGCCUAGUGGCCAUUGAGGCGCUGCGUCGCUCUAUGUAUAAAUUCCCUGGUCGGCAAAAGGUCAUCGUCAGUAAGAACCGGGGGUUUACGAACUUAGCUCGGGAUAAAUACAUGCAAUUGAGAAACGGAGGUCUAGUAAGGAAUGACGGUGCUUAUGUGCAGUUCUGUCAGCGGAAGGGCGCCUUGACAGAAAGCAUUCAGAGGUUUCCUGAAUUUUUUAGACUAGCAGUAUCUCUUUAG